CAGAUCCCUGCUAAUCGUGUCACGAUAAAACCCUAAAAACCCGACCUAUCGUCUUCUCUACUGACGUCUUCCUUAUCCCGGCCGUCAAUGGCGAAGACCGCCGCCCGCUCCGAUCCCUCCAAGAAGGAGAAGAAGAAGAAGAAGGGGAAAGGGGCAAAGCGUCUGCCCUUCGGCCCCGCCGCUGCUGCCAUGAAGGCGGCGAAGCCGCCCCCCACAUUGAACCCCUUCGAGACCAUAUGGUCUCGCAGAAAGUUCGACGUCGUCGGCAAGCGACGUAAGGGUGAGGAGCGUCGUAUCGGUCUCUCCCGAUCUCUCGCCGUCGAGAAGAGGAAGGAAACUUUGCUGAAGGAGUAUGAGCAAAGUGCAAAGUCAUCCGUGUUUUUGGACAACCGAAUUGGAGAAAAGGAUGAUACUCUACAAGAAUUCGACAAAGCCGUGUUACGUCUUCAACGUGAGCGCCAGUUAAAGUUGAAAAGAACUAGCAAAUACAAUUUGUCCGAUGACGAGGAAGAUGAUACUACAGUUGAUCAGCCACAUUCCUCUGACAAGGAUGAUUUUGAGGAUGAAGUGCCCCUAGAUGACGAUGAAGAUGCUGAUUUCAAGAAUGGAAGUGGUUUAGCAUCGCCAAAACAUUUGAGCUUGCAGUCUCUGCCAAAUUCUUCAGAAUCUAGCUUGCUUGAUGGAGAGGAUCAGAGUAUUCUGACUUGGCAGACACACAAAUCUAAGAAGCAAGUGAUGAUGGAGAUAAUCUCAAAGAGCAAAUUUUACAAGGCCCAAAAAGUAAAGGAGAAAGAAGAAGAUGAAAGUCUAAUGGCGAAGCUAGAUGAAGACUUUAGUAUGUUGGCCCAAACAGAGGCACUACAGGCUUUAUCUCAUCCAAGUAAGAUGAAUGCUUUGAAGGCUUUGUUGAACAAGGACAUCAAGAGGGAGUCCUUAAAAGAAGGAUCAUCAGGUUUAUCAGACAACAAACUUAUUGAGAAAGGUCAUCCUGAUGCUUAUGACAAACUUGUAAAAGAGCUGGGUUCAGAUAGGAGAGCUCAUGCAUCAGACAGGACAAAAACUCCAGAAGAAAUAGCCCAAGAAGAAAAGGAGCGUCUAGAAGAACUGGAGAAGCAACGUCGAGAAAGGAUGCUUGCUACCGAUGAUUCUACUGAUGAAGGCAGUGAUGAUGAUAAUGUAGAAAUACAAAAUUCAGCAUCAAUUAAGAUCAGACCUACUUCUGGGGAUGAUCUUGGAGACUCCUUUUCCAUUGCUGAUGAUGUGACGGGCAAAAAAGGCUGGAUUGAUGGCAUAUAUGAACAAAAUGAUGCAGAUAAUCAAGAUGAAAGUGAUUCAUCUUCCCAGGAUUCAGAAGGUGAUGAAGAUAAUGAAGGAGAUGGUGAUGGGAAAGAUGGUAGUGGUGAUGAGCAUGUAAAUAUAUCCACCAUGAAAGAUUGGGAGCAAAGUGAUGAUGAUGAUGACGGUCUGAAUAUGGAUGGUGAAGAAACAGAGAACAUUGAUGAGAAAGAAGUGGCCAUUGGUGAUAAGCUUACCUUGGAUUUGCAUGAAGUGAAAACUAGUUCAUCUCAUGAGAUGAAUGCUGCUGGAAAUCUGGCUCCAGCAAAAGAGAAGGAACUUCCUUAUGUAAUUGAAGCUCCAAAGAACCUGACAGAGCUAUGUUCCUUGCUGGAUAGCCGUUCAGAUGAUGAAGUUGUGGAGAUCAUUAAUCGGAUUCGAGCAUACAAUUCAAUAAGACUUGCAGCAGAAAACCGGAAGAAAAUGCAAAUCUUCUAUGGUGUUCUGUUGCAGUAUUUUGCUGUUUUAGCUACUCAAAGUCCAUUAAAUUUCAAAAUUAUAAAUUCACUUGUUAAACCUUUGGUAGAGAUGAGCGCAGAAACCCCCUAUUUUGCAGCCAUUUGUGCUAGGCAGCGACUGAUACAUAUACGAACUCACUUCCUGGAGGAUAUUAAGAACCCAGGAAAGAGCUGCUGGCCAACUCUGAAGACUUUGCUUCUGUUGAGGCUCUGGUCACUGGUAUUUCCGUGCUCUGAUUUUCGUCAUGUCGUUAUGACUCCUGCACUUCUCCUGAUGUGUGAGUAUCUGAUGCGUUGUCCCAUAAACUCGGGUCAAGAUGCAGCACGUGGAUCUUUUUUGUGUUCGUUGGUAUUCUCGGUGUGUAAACAAUCCCAGAAGUUUUGUCCUGAGGCUAUAAUAUACUUGCAAACACUGUUAACAUCCUCCAUAGAGUUAAAACUUGGACUUCAACAACAUUCACAGUUAAACCAUCUUAUGGAGAUUAGAGUGCUGAAACCUUGGCUCCACAUAACUGAUCAGACAUGUGCUAUACAUCCUCUUGAUUUCUUUGCAGUCAUGGAGAUGCAAGAAGAGUCACCUUUUUUUGCCACUGACACUUUCAGGGCCAGUGUUCUGUCAUCAGUUUCAGAAACACUGAAAGGAUUCAUCAUCAUCUAUGAAGGAUUCAGCUCUUUUGCAGAAAUAUUCUCACCAAUUUCCAAUUUGCUGCAUGAAGUGUUGCAAAAUCCUAACUUGCCAGGGUUAUUACGAGACAAGAUGCAAGAUGUUCUUGAUUUGAUCAAGAAGAAAACUGAUGAACAUCACAUGUUUAGAAAACCGCUUCAAAUGCGGAAACAGAAGCCAGUGCCAAUAAAGCUACUGAAUCCAAAAUUUGAAGAGAACUUUGUAAAGGGUAGAGAUUAUGAUCCAGAUCGAGAGAGAGCAGAGAUGAAGAAAUUGAAAAAGCUCCUUAAAAGUGAAAAGAAAGGAGCGAUACGUGAACUACGAAAAGAUAGCCAAUUUGUGUCUGGAUUAAAAGAGACAGGUAGGUUAAUGCAGGAAGAAGAAAGAGCAGAGAAAUAUGGAAAGGCUAUGGCUUUCCUCCAAGAACAGGAGUAUGCUUUCAAGUCUGGACAAUUAGGAAAAGGCAGGAAGAGGAGGAGAUGAAACUUAGCUUCAUUUUAUGUCUGGUUUAUAUGUAUUGUUUUCAAGCUUUACAAGGAGUCUGCAAGAGGGUUGUUCUUACAGCUGAUUCCGAAAAGGGCUUUAGAUUAGUUUGAACUUGCAGAGGUAUUUCCAACCAAAGAAUUGAAGAACUCAAGUGUAUCCUCCAGUUAGGGUUUUAGAUUUGGUUGCCCCCUUUGUGCCAUUCUAUUGCAUAUCUUUACCAGCUCGAGCUUGUGUUAACUUAAUUGUUUCUUAAAUUAUUUAAGCUAAAUUUUUAUUUCCAACAUAAACGGCCCGUAGUUGGCUUCAUUAUGUAUAAAUAUGCAUCAUUCAAGCUUUUAUUUGAGCACUUGAGAAAUCGAAAUAUCA